UGUGACCUCCACAAGCCAGGCUUAAGAGACAUUUGCCCUGGAGUUGAAUGCAAGGAGUGUGGGAGGGUACGGUGCCCACUGCCAGGAUGAUCUCUGAUGAGGGUGUUUGUGGAAGAGAGAGAUUUAUUAUACGUGUGGGGCCUACUAAGUGCCCCAAGGGCUUCCUUUACCCUCUUUGUGCCUAAAAUGUCCUCUAUUUCAGGCUAGGUAGGAAAGUGGAGCAUGAAGGACACUGGUAUGGUCUGUCCUUCCCUUUGGGGGCUUAGAAGACCUUGUCAGUGGUGACUCAGCCCAGGGCCACGCGAGGCUGGGGGUGGCUGCAGCUGCAGUGCAGCUGAUUCUAGCAGUGACAAAGGAAUGGCCCCCAAACAGAGAUAGGGCAGCCAGCAGUGCCAGGACCAGGAAAGUCUAACCACCCCCUCACUCCCAGCUGUGAUCCCCACCAUGUGGAAGGCUCUGGGGGCGGACUGGGUGAGGGGUGGUAGCUGCAGAAUUCUGGGUGCCGUGCCUAUAAGAGGGUUCUGGGCUCCUCAGGCUCCUGCUGUCCUUCUCCUCCUCUGUAUGAAGCACACUAGUACUGUUCUCUGUCCUGGGGCUGGGGUCCCCUCCCUUGCCUGUCUCCUCUGCCCUGAGUCCAGCAGCAGGGCAGGGCCUCCCAGUGGCUUCCUUCCUUCCUUUCUUAGGACGGAAACCCAGUUAGCCAGGGAGUGCAGCUUUGGAGUCUCAGCAGGGGACAGGGCUCAGUCACCACCCCACUCCCCAAAGUGACUCAGUUUGUAUGUCCCCACCCAUCCCCAAGGAACCUGGGCUCUCUCAGGAGGUAGAUAAGUAGGGUGGCAGCCUGGGCUGGCCAGAGAGCUCAGGCCACUCUGAGCUGUCUGCUGACUGCUUGCUGUUUCUGUCCUGCCUCUCAUGGCCCGCUCCAGGAAUUCCACACCACCCACCCCAGCUCAAGGAGUCCUUCUGCAGAGCCCACCCUGGGGGCUUGUGCAGGAUGUCUCUGGGCCCCCAAGAGAGCUGCGCCCUCGGCUCUGUCACCUUCAAAAGGGACCUCAGGGCUAUGGAUUUAAUCUGCACAGUGACAAGUCUCGGCCUGGCCAGUAUAUUCGUUCUGUGGACCCAGGCUCCCCUGCUGCCCACUCUGGUCUCCGUGCCCAGGACCGGCUCAUUGAGGUAAAUGGGCAGAACGUGGAGGGGCUGCGCCAUGCUGAGGUUGUUGCAAGCAUCAAGGCACGAGAGCAUGAAGCCCGGCUGCUGGUGGUGGACCCUGAGACUGAUGAGCACUUCAAGCAGCUGCGGGUCAUACCCACCGAAGAGCAUGUGGAAGGUCCACUGCCAUCACCAGUUACCAACGGGACGAGCCCUGCCCAGCUCAAUGGUGGCUCAGUGUGCUCAUCCCGAAGUGACCUACUGGGCUCAGACAAGGACACUGAGGAUGGUGGUACCUGGAAGCGAGAUCCAUUCCAAGAGAGUGGCCUCCACCUGAGCCCUACAGCAGCUGAGGCCAAGGAGAAGGCUCGGGCCACACGGGUCAACAAGAGGGCACCCCAGAUGGACUGGAACCGGAAGCGUGAGAUCUUCAGCAACUUCUGAGCCUCUCCCUACAUGUUUGGGCCCAUGUGGAAUCUCUGGCCUGCCUAAGGCUCCUCACGCCUCAGUGAACUGGAGGGUAGUCUCAUCUCCAUCCAGAAAGCAACCUGUGCCCUGGUGAGCCUCUGUCUUAUCUCCAGCCUGCUAUGUGCUGGGAACUGUCCCAGCAAAAUGGGGAGAGAGACAGAAAGAGACAAGAGAGACAGUGGUAGAGAGAAAGGGGGCCAGAGGAUGACAAUUGUCAGGCCUUUGCUGCUCUGUCCCCGGCCUACUGAAAGGAAUUUGUUUUUGCUCCCCCGCCCCCAAA